AUGCCUCUUAAUAUUGAUCUAAACACUCCAUAUAUUGAUCAUGAAAUGAUGGAAUGCAACAUAGCACCAUCCAUUAAUCUAAAUGAUCCUUCUUCAAGUAAUUUUAACUUGUCUUUUAAGGACCUACAUGGUAGUUCAUCAAAUGAAGAAUACAUGGAAGAAGCUAAUAUGUUCAAUUGUGAAAAUGAUUUUGAACAUGGUUUUUUUAAUAUUAAUGAGGACAUUGAUGUUGAUGCUUUAUAUUCAAAUGAAGUUCAUGUCAUGGAAGAAGAGAGUGAAUUUAUUCCAAAUGAAGAAGAUGGAGAGGAGACUGAAUUUAAUCAAUAUGAAAGUGAUGGAGAAACUGAAAGUAUUGCAGCUAUGUCCACAAUGGUUCAACAUGAACCUGAAACUUUUAAGAAAAAAAGAUCAUUUUUAAACAAUGAUCAACGGAAAAUAAUUGCUCAAUUAUUGAUAAAGAAUAGUUGUGGUGGAAAACUAAAAUCCGGAACUGUUAUAUGGUUGGCAUCCAAAUACUCGGUAUCCAUCGAUGUUAUUUAUCGAAUUUGGAAGCAAGUAUCUCAAACAGGUGAUGCGUCUCAUAAAAGAACAAAAAAUUGUGGUCGGAAAAGAGUUGCGGUAGAUAUUGAAAAAGUGCGGGAUAUUUCGUUAGCUAAACGUAGCACUCUUCAGAGCCUCGCAUUUGCCUUGGGCAUUAGCAAAACAACAUUGUUUAAGUUUGUAAAGGAUGGGACUUUGCGUCGGCAUUCAAAUGCUCUAAAGCCACAAAUGAAAGAUAGCAAUAUGAAAGAUCGUCUUAGAUUUUGCUUGUCCAUGCUUGAAGAAACUAGUCUUCCUCAUGAUCCGGAGUUUAAGUCUAUGCAUAAUAUCGUCCACAUAGAUGAAAAAUGGUUCUACAUGACCAAAAAAUCAGCUAACUACUACCUUCUUGAAAAUGAGGAUGAGCCAUAUCGCACAUGCAAAAAUAAAAAUUUUAUUGGAAAAGUCAUGUUUUUAGUAGCAGUCGCUAGGCCUAGAUUUGAUGACGGUUCUAGGCCUAGCGACUACUACUAA